AACGCCCCCGGAACUCAGGGGUCCUCGCGCGAAGGCUGAAGGGAGUGUAGCAGGCGGCAGAGAACCCGGCCGGCUGGAAUGCCUCGGUACGCGCAGCUAGUUAUGGGGCCUGCGGGCAGCGGGAAGAGCACCUACUGUUCCACCAUGGUUCAGCACUGUGAAGCCCUCAACCGCUCUGUCCAGGUGGUCAACCUGGACCCUGCAGCAGAGCACUUCAGCUACCCUGUGAUGGCUGACAUCCGGGAACUGAUCGAGGUGGACGAUGUGAUGGAGGAUGAUUCUCUGCGGUUUGGUCCCAAUGGAGGAUUGGUAUUCUGCAUGGAGUACUUUGCCAACAACUUUGACUGGCUGGAAAACUGCCUGGGACACGUUGAAGAUGAUUACAUCCUUUUUGACUGUCCAGGUCAGAUCGAGCUGUACACACAUCUGCCUGUGAUGAAGCAGCUGGUCCAGCAGCUUGAACAGUGGGAAUUUCGAGUGUGCGGAGUAUUCCUUGUUGAUUCUCAGUUCAUGGUGGAAUCUUUCAAGUUUAUUUCUGGCAUCCUGGCGGCUCUCAGUGCCAUGAUUUCUCUAGAAAUCCCACAAGUUAACAUCAUGACGAAGAUGGACCUGCUGAGUAAGAAAGCCAAAAAGGAAAUUGAGAAGUUUCUUGAUCCAGACAUGUACUCUCUGCUAGAAGAUUCAACAGGUGAUUUAAGAAGCCAAAAAUUCAAGAAAUUGACAGAAGCUGUGUGUGGCUUGAUCGACGACUACAGCAUGGUUCGGUUUCUGCCAUACGAUCAGUCAGACGAGGAGAGCAUGAACAUUGUGCUCCAGCACAUCGACUUUGCCAUUCAGUAUGGCGAGGACUUGGAGUUUAAGGAGCCAAAGGAACAGGAAGAAGAGUCUUCCUCCAUGUUUGAUGAGUAUUUUCAGGAACGGCAGAACGAGUGAGGUUGACUGCAUAGUGACCAUCUGAUUGUGGCUGUAGGAAUGCAUUUCUGGAGGAGGUGACUGGAAGCCGCUGCUUGUUUUAAUGUAAACAACACCGGACCCUCCCCGUAGUGAGCCUGGAUUGUGCUUGGAGCUUUGAAACCAUUACUUUCUUUUUCUUU